UGUGAUUAUUGUUGUACGUCGGUUAAAGUUUCCCCCCCGAUGUUUGCGGUUUCCAGGCUGGGCAGCUCGUUGUUUUUAUUUUAACAUUUGGUUGUUUUUUCACCAAACAACUAAGCUAGAGAAAUGCCGUCCGGGAAAAACUUUCGCAGGAGGAGGGACUCGUCAGAUUUGGAGGAAGAUGAAAUAACCGAGGAAGUGAGAACAAAAGUGGACGAGGCCAAAGAGAUUCAGAGUUUGCGGAGACGUCAGAAUGGAGUCAGUGUUACCGCGUUGCUGGUCGGGGAGAAGCUGCCGCCCGGAGCUGAAAUUGAUGAUGACCCCUUCAAACUGAAGACGGGAGGGGUUGUAGAUAUGAAGAAAGUCAAGGACAGGAACAGGGACAUGACAGAAGAUGAGACUGAGCUCAACCUGGGCACCUCUUUCUCAGCUGAGACAAACAGAAGAGAUGAGGACGCAGACAUGAUGAAGUACAUUGAGACAGAGUUGAAAAAGAAGAAGGGGCUGGUGGAGGCUGAGGAGCAGAAGGUCAAGGUGAAGAACGCGGAGGAUCUCCUGUAUGAGCUGCCUGAAAACAUCAGAGUCAACUCUGCCAAGAAGACAGAGGAGAUGUUAUCCAAUCAGAUGCUGAGUGGGAUCCCUGAGGUCGAUCUCGGAAUUGAUGCAAAGAUAAAGAAUAUUAUCCAAACGGAGGAUGCAAAGGCCAAGCUGCUGGCAGAGCAGAGGAAUAAGAAGAAAGACCACGGCACAUCAUUCGUCCCCACCAACAUCGCCGUCAACUACGUCCAACACAACCGCUUCUAUCAUGAGGAUGCAAACGCACCGCAGAGGCACCACAGACACAGGGAGGAGCCCAAGGCAAGGCCGCUGCGUGUGGGUGACACAGAGAAACCAGGGCCAGAGGCAGCAUCACCGCCCAACUACCGCAAACGGCCAAAUAAUGAAAAGGCCACAGACGACUACCACUAUGAGAAGUUCAAGAAGAUGAAUCGCCGCUACUGAGAAGUCGGAUGUUAUUUAAAGUACAUUACCUGACGCCCACUUUUCUAUUGACUGAAGCUUCUGGAUGAGUGAAAAAAGAUCCAAAUGGGUAGUUUUUCCAAACACUUACCUAUUCAAUGAUGACUCCCAGGACAGUGUUGUAUAUACAUAUUUUGUAAAUGCAUACCUCUUUUUUUAUUGUUUCAAAGACAUCUCACUGUUGAAAUGGCGGAUGGAUUUACUGGUGGUUUUUUGUUAAAGGGAGACGACACUUAUGCCCCUUUAUCACUGCAUAGUAACAGCUUGAGUCUUUUUUUUUUUUUUUUUUUGCUUUUUCAUAAGGCAAAAGUAAGUGACAGUAUCUGAAACUUGUAUGAUAGUUGUUUGAUAAUAUCUGCUGCAUUUUUGUUAACAAAUCCGUUGAGGCUAAAAGGUGACGUGAAAACCCUGCAGGCCACUGAUUGGUCUGAGAAAAUUUUAACGGCUAUGUUUACAACCAGGAAAUAUCAUAGCAAGACUCGUGAAACUUGUCAGUAUAAAAAAUUAAGGUUUUCAGUGAAUUGGUUGCUGAGUUGGUCUUGUUUUUUUUUUUUUCUUUUAUAAAAUAAACUCAUUUGGGGUGUUGGUAGAGAAGAGAGGAAAAACUGGUCAACAUGUCCACAAGUGACUGGCAGGGCUUCACUGUGAGGGGUUACUAUCUGCAGUGGAAAAUGAAAUCCAGAAAAGGGGCAUUACAUUAAGAGCGUAUGUUAUUCCUAUGGUUUAGGACUGCCCUGUAUUAUUAACACAGCGAUUUCCCAAGAGUAAAACCUUGUCAUCAUGAUGUAAAAUGUUUGCAAAUGGUGUGACUGUUAUAGAUCAUAGGAACAGCCUAAGAUGUUAAUCAAGACCUAUUCCUCUUUAAUGGUAGAUAUCCUGAACCAUUAACGUUGAGUUUUGCAUUUUAUUCCACUGUCAAAUUUUGAUUGUCAGUCGAAUUAUUUUUAAGACUUUUGGGUGUAAAAAUGUAAUUUGAUUAAAAAUGUGAAACCA